UUGACCUCACAACGCUUUGCCUACCAGAAAUUACAUAGAAAAAGCUUUCAUUUAGUUUCUAUCUCUUGAUCUUUGUUUUACAUCCAAAUCAAAACCCUUCGAUACAACUUGUCGAAACAUGAAAGACAGCCUCGUAUUACCCGCAGUUUUCUCGUCGGCGAUUCGGAAAUUAAUUGCCCCGAAAUCUCGGUCCCUUCUGGUGGAGGUGAAACUGCGCCGUUUUUCAUACGUCGAGUUGGUGAAGAUGACUAAUAACUUCCAGCGACGCAUUGGUAAGGGAGGAUUUGGAAACAUCUACCAUGGAGAACUCGACGGCGCUCCGGUCGCCGUCAAGUUAUAUCGGAACGAAAAUCCAUCGGUUGCCGCCCAAUUUGAAAGCGAGGUUAAUCUUCUCAACAAAGUUUAUCACAAAAAUUUGAUCAAAGUGUUCGGAUAUUGCGACGAAUCUACAAAAUCCGCGUUGGUUUUUGAGUUCAUGGCAAAUGGAGACUUGAGGAAGAAUCUUACAGGGAGUGGUUGUUCAAGUAAAUUAACAUGGGAACGAAGACUUAGAAUCGCCAUCGAUAUGGCAAAAGCUUUGGAUUAUCUACAUGAUGGCUGCGAGCCACCGAUCAUUCACAGAAAUUUCAACAGUUCAAACAUUUUAUUGUCCAAAAAUUUUGAAGUGAGGCUUUCUGACUUUGUUUUGGCCGUCAACUUUAAUCCAUCUCAUGAGGGUGAAUCUCAUAUGUCCAACGUUACUAUUACUGGUACUCUAGGAUACAUGGACCCACAGUAUUUGACAACAGGAAUGUUGAGUACAUGGGCAGAUGUGUAUGGAUUUGGAGCUGUUUUAAUGGAGAUAAUUGCAGGAAGACCAGCAUACCAAUAUGGUGAGGAUGGAGUUUUAACUCAAUGGGUUAGCUCAAUGUUUGGUAAUGGGGAAAUUGGAAGGAUUAUGGAUCCAAAGUUGGAAGGAGAUUUUGAUGUAAACUCAGUGAUGGAAGCACUAAAUAUUGCAUUUGCUUGUUUAUCUUGCAACUCCAAUGAUCGACCAACCAUGGGUGAAGUGGUAACAAAACUUAAACUUUGCUUGCAAAUGGAAACAGCUCGAUUGGGUACACUCAUUGAAGAUUAUUGAAUCUCUUCACCUACUUUGAUAGAAUAUUAUAUGAUUGUAUAACGUACAUUAGCACUAUCUCGUCAUUGAUUCUUGUUGCAAAAUGACUGUCUCCUGAUUGAUUUGAUUUCAAGUUGGUCUUUAAUUGAAUUUCAGCAACAUGAACUUCAUUUGAGGUUUUCUAGAA